AUGUCGCAGCAAAGUAUGCUAUCGUCCCAAGAGACACCUACACGCAAGGCGGCACCGCGCUUCACCGAAGACGAGAAGACUGUGCUUAUGGCUCUCGUGGGAGAGUUCAAGCACAUCAUCGAGUGCAAGAAGACUGAUGUUGCGUCGAUAGAGAAAAAAAAUAAAACAUGGAAAGAGAUUGCCAAGCGCUUCAAUUACAACCACGGAAUCACCCGGCGCGACCACGUGCAGCUCAAGAAUUGCUGGAAUAACCUGAAACAAAAAUGGAAAAAGGGAGCUGCAAGAGAGAAGCGAGAGCGCCGCAAAACUGACAAUCUGUGGCAAGGUGCCAACCCUGUCGAGCCGUCACACUUUCCGACAGGCACAGAUGCCGACGAGGACAGCAGGUGCACUUCUAUAGCACAGCCUGAUGCAGAAGCAAACAUUUCUGUGGAAGGUUGUGCAAACAACCACCAAGCCACCGGAGCUGCUGGAAGCAGCACUCCUGCAGCAACUGUUGCUGCUGAAACAUACAGGACACCCAGGGGCCAGAUGGCUGUUUUGGAAAAAACACUGGCCACAGAAAAUGCGAUUCGUGCAGAACUCCAGAAAAAAGAGCACGCAAUGCGUAUCUGGCUUAUGCAAGAGGACCACGAUUACAAGAUGCAGGAACGGGAAGACAGAAGAAAGUUCGAGAAUCAAGUGCGAUAUCUCGAGCUUUCAAAGCUCAAAAACGAGCUUGAAAAGCAACAACUUGAAAUUGACAUACUGGAGAUAGAAGAAGAAUUAAAGAAGGAACAGCUCCACAGGCUGCAAUGCAACGUGCCUCAAUUAUAA